AUGACGACGGGCACUCACGAUUCAGCCCCGGCGGCGACCGCGGCGAUUGUUGUUGCAACAGGCACUGCAGCGGCUACUGCCGCUAUUCCGACAACUAAUACUGCGACGGCGACAACGUCAACUUCUUCGAAUGGGACUUCUGAUGGGCCAACACCUGCUGAUGUCCCUUCUCCCGUGGCUCUCCCUCGGGUCCCUAUCCCUCCUCGUGGUGUCGACUACCGCGGCAAGGUAGUGCUUGCGCCCAUGGUUCGCAGCGGCGAGUUGCCUAUGCGCUUGAUGGCUCUACAUUACGGCGCUGACCUUGUAUGGGGCCCCGAAACUGUCGACCGCUCCCUUAUUGGCGCUAAGCGCCGCAUUAACCCGCGCACAAAUAUGAUCGAGUAUACUCGACUCCCCUCGCACACUCACUCCCCGGCGGCUCAGUAUGAGGGCAACCAAGAGUCCGUAAUCUACCGCCUGGACCCUGUGCGCGAGGCUGGUAAGCUUGUCUUCCAGCUGGGCACGGCAGACCCAAAUCUCGCUGUGGAAGCUGCACGCUUUGUGGCCCCUGACGUCGCUGGCAUUGAUGUCAACGCCGGUUGUCCCAAGCCGUUCAGCUUAUCCGGCGGCAUGGGUGCUGCGCUGCUUCGCGACCCCGACAGGCUGGUGGCCAUUCUGGAAGCCCUUACGCGCGAGAUUCCCCCGCAAUUUGGCAUUGGCGUCUCAGUCAAGAUCCGGCUCCUAGAAACAGCCGAGAAGACGGAAGCCUUGGUGCGCCGUCUUGUGCGCACUGGUAUCACGGGUCUGACCGUACACUGCCGGACAACGCCAAUGCGCCCGCGCGAGCCCGCUAUCCGUGGCCAACUGCGCAUGAUUGCCGACGUGUGUCGCGAAGCGGGUGUCGCAUGCGUCGUGAACGGCGACGUGGCCUCUCGUGACCACGGCAUGAAGCUGUGCACCGAGUUCGGCACAGACGGUGCCAUGAUUGCCACGGCGGCCGAGAAGAAUCCGUCAUGCUUCCGCCCGGCCGAUCCAGAGUCUGGCACGACGCCUCUUGCUCCCUGGCAGGAGCUGGCGGAUAAGUACAUACGGUUCGCGCUGGAGGUGGAGAAUAAGAUCGCCAACACCAAGUUUUCGCUGACGCAGCUCAUCCCGGGCAAAGCGAAGGAGUACAAGAUGGUGCAGGCAUGCAAGUCGUACACGGAGAUUGUCAAAGUUCUGGGGCUGGAGGGGGAGCUGGGAGAAGUGGCACGCGAGCAGGACCGGCUUCAGGCACUGGGUGAGUUUGAGAUCCUGAAGGCGAAGAAAAAGAACCAGCAACAGCAACAGCAGCAAGAAUCGAAGAAGAGGAAGAGAGAAGACGAGGAGGCCGAGGAAGGGAGAAGAAAGGAUGAGAGAGCGGUUGAAGCCAAUGGUGCCCCUACCGAGCCUACAGCGCCGACCCCUGAGUCAGCUGUCGCUUCGAUUUCCGUUUGA